AUGGAAUUUCUUAUGCAUCCAACUUACGGCGAACAAUGUGAAGAGGUGAACUUGAUCUUAUCGAAGGUAACGAAAGAAAAUUUGGAUAAACUUUUGCAAAGACUUGAUCUUCAUUGUGUUUUGUUUGAACAUUUGAAAACAUCUGGACGAAUUAAUUUCAUUUUUCAUCUCGAAACACAAUCAAAAUCAUUCAAAUCCCAAGAGUUGAUCUUGAAAGUUUCCAAUCCACAUCGUUAUUGGAGAAGAUUUCGAACAAGAAACGAAGUUUUCACUAUGAAAUAUGUUCUUCAACAUACAACUAUUCCCGUGCCUAAAAUACUCGAUUAUUCCGAUGAUUCAACAACGAGUAUUCUCUCUGCUGAGUAUAUUCUGAUGGAAAAGCUUCCAGGAAAUACUUUAGAAGUCUCCAUGAAGAACAUGUCCGAGGAGACUCUUUUCAAAAUUACUUUAGAAAUGAUCGACUAUGUCAAACAGUUACGUCGAAUUAAACUUUCCGGUGAAAAUCAAAUUGGUUCGUUUUCAGAUGAAGAAAUGUCACUUGGUGGAAUCGUUGAAGAUAGUCCAAUGCUCGGUCCAUUUUCCACAGUUAAGGAAUAUAUCAUCGGGAAUUUACAUUGGGCAAUAAAACGAAUUCAAACCGAUGAAUUCUUAUUUGAAUUGACCAAACAUUUAUUGUCACCUUUGGAAACAGUAGUUGAAUGUAUUCAAAGAGAUCCGAAUGUAUUCAAUGAAAAUAUUCCAUUUCGUUUUACUCAUACUGAUUUAAAUUCGUCUAAUAUCUUAGUGAAUGAACACGAUGGACACGUGUUAGGAAUUCUUGAUUGGGAAAAAGCAGCAAUGACUUUUAGUAAUAAUGAUCUUCAAUUUACUUCAGCUUGGUUUGACGAUGAUGAUGGUGAUAAUAAUGAUGGACGAGAAAAACGAUUGCAAGAUUUACUUGAACAAGAAAAGAGUUAUACGACAUUGAUGGAAGAUAAGGUUCAUUUAAAAGAGUUGAACUGGUAUUUAGAAAUUAUGUUUUCAGCCGUUUACGUCACUUUCUACAGUUGCACUUGGUUCAAAAAUGAAGAAGAAGUAACUGAACAUAUUCAAUAUUACGUGCAGAAAACAGAAGAAGCUAUUUCAUCUUUUAAUAAAGAUUAUUUCUUCAAAAAUAUGGUUCAAUUGUGA